AUGCCAAAUUACUAUAUUUGGUAUUGUCAUGGGGAAGGUUAUGGGGGAAAUGCAGCUAGUAGUAGUAGUAGUAGCAAUAACUAUAACCAAGGAAUGCCAUUAGAGGAGAAUGUGCAUCUAGUUGAUCAUCAGCCUGUAAAUUACAAUAGUGAUGUUGUUAGGAUGCAUGAGAUGGUUACAGAUGCAUUUCGUGAAACCGUAAAUAGAUUUGGUGAACCUCAGAAUGUAGCGCAUGAGGAACCCAAUGCAGAUGCAAAAAGUCAGUUUUCUUUGGACGGUUGGGCCGAUCUAUUUAAGGAUAUUUUGCCGGAAGACAAUGUCGCUGCUGGUUCUUAUUACGACAUACAGAAGCUGGUAUGUAGUCUUGGGUUGCCUUCUCAGAUGAUAGAUGUUUGCGUUGACAAUUGCAUGUUUUUUUGGAAAGAUGAUGAUAAGUUGCAAGAGUGUCGAUUCUGCCACAAGCCCCGAUACAAGCCACAAGGUCGUGGUCGGAACAAGGUACCUUACCAACGGAUGUGGUACCUGCCAAUAAAAGAUAGGUUGCAAAGAUUGUAUCAGUCUGAAAGGACGGCUGCAUUGAUGAGAUGGCAUGCCAAUCACUCACAUACAGAUGGGGAGAUUCGACAUCCAUCUGAUGCUAAAGCGUGGAAGCAUUUCCUAGCCGUGCACCCCGAAUUCGCCAGGGAGAAAAGAAAUGUCUUUCUGGGUCUUUGCACCGAUGGAUUCAGUCCUUUCGGUAUGUCUGGCAGGCAAUACUCUCUUUGGCCGAUAAUACUCACGCCUUACAAUCUUCCUCCUGAAAUGUGCAUGAAAAGGGAAUUCUUAUUCAUGAGUAUCUUGAUCCCUGGUCCGAAACAUCCGCGCCGGUCCCUUGAUGUUUUCUUACAGCCUUUGAUAGAAGAAUUGCAAGAGUUGUGGUACACUGGAGCUCGGACGUAUAAUACUUCAAGGAAGAGAAAUUUUACUAUGCGUGCAGUGCUUAUGUGGACAAUAAGCGACUUUCCGGCGUAUGGGAUGCUUUCAGGGUUGACUACUCACGGGUGGUUAUCUUGCCCAUAUUGUAUGGAUCGAACGGAUGCUUUUCAGCUAAAACACAGGAGAAAGACAAGUUGGUUCGACUGUCUCCGCCGUUUCCUACCGUUGAACCAUAGAUACCGAAGAAACAAGCAACUGUUUAAGAAGAACAAAGCAGUUCGUGUUCCUCCUCCCGUCGUCUUACCUGGGGAAGACAUUGAAGCACAAAUUGAUCAUUUUGGUGCACAAAGUACAGUCAGACGUGGGGGCAACUGGCACACCCCCAUAAACAUGCCCGACGGAUACGGGGAUCAGCACAAUUGGCAUAAGAAGAGCAUUUUCUGGGAACUUCCGUACUGGAAAGAUCAUCUUCUCAGACAUAACCUGGAUGUCAUGCACAUUGAGAAAAAUUUCUUCGAUAAUAUCAUGCAUACAGUGCUGAACGUCAAAGGGAGAAGUAAAGACAGCGUGAAGGCCCGAUUGGAUUUGCCUGAUCUUUGUUCACGGAAUGAGUUAUAUAUUUCAAAUGACGGGAGUAUGCCAGUUCCUAUCUUUCAGUUAGGAGCUGCUCAAAAGUCGGCCUUGUUCAAUUGGGCUUCAUCGGACGUCAAAUUUCCAGACGGGUACGUUUCAAAUCUAUCCAAAUGUGUUCAAGGACAGAAGUUUUUGGGGAUGAAGAGCCAUGACUGUCAUGUAUUUAUGGAACGAUUACUUCCUUUCGCACUUGAGGAACUUCUUCCAUCAAGUGUCCACACAGCAAUUGCAGCGAUCGGAGCGUUCUUCAGAGACCUUUGCACUCGUACUCUUACCGAAGAUGUUAUCGCACAACUGCAUCAAAAUAUUCCAAUGUACUUAUGCAAUAUGGAGCAGAUAUUCCCACCAGCCUUUUUCGAUGUUAUGGAACAUCUGGCUGUUCAUCUUUCUUACGAAGCAGAACUUGGUGGGCUAAUUCAUUUUCGGUGGAUGUACCCGUUUGAGCGAUUCAUGGGGCAUCAUCUUAAGGGAAAACCUAGAAACUUGGCAAGAGUUCGCACACGUAAAAGGGCUCCUAAACGAUACGACGAUGGAGGAGUGGGUCGAUCAUAUCCAUCGGAAGAUGUACCGGACAUGUUCUCCUCAGUUGGUCGGUUAGGUGGAGCCGUCAAACAGGUUUGGUGGACGGAUGAGAAUGAUCGUCAUAGCACACAAACGUAUAUCCUCCUCAAUUGCGAGGACAUUACUCCAUUUGAGACGGAAUUUUGUAGACAGGUUCGAGAGUGUAUCGUAGGGGUUACAGAUAACGAGGUAAACAAACGGAAGGAUCAACACUUUGCAAAGUGGAUUAAAUCUUCGGUGGCUCCUGGUGAUGAAUCAUAUCCGGAGUGGUUUCAUGAAGUAAUCAAAGGGCCAUUAUGGAAGGUCACCACUGCUCCUAUAUAUUGUACCCGUGGAUACGUGUUCCAUACCUUCAGCUAUGGUAAAGAAAGGGCAACUGCGAAUUAUGGAGUCUGCGUUAGGGGUGAAGUUGAUUUUUAUGGUGUGCUACAAGAAAUUAUUGAAGUUGAAUACCCGGGUAUCCUUGGUUUGCGAUGUGUGCUUUUCAAGUGUGAUUGGUUCGACCCAACUCCCGGGAGAGUUGUCAAAGUCUCUCCACGAGGCACAGUUAUUGGCGACGAGGAGGAGCCUCCACUGCAACAAGAUCAUUGUCCAGGUUUAGCAGAACCAGAUGAGAACACAGGGCGUAUCCUAUUAGUAAAUCCCGAAAACCGGCAGUUCAUUCAUCAACCACCCAAUUCAACAGAGGACGAGGAAGGAAGUGAUCCAGAUGAAUUCUCGGAGAGUGAUGAACCUGAUGAUCAGGAUAGUGUGCAAAAUGAAUCCGACGAGUAUUGA